AUGCACACCACGGCCGCCACCAGUCCGUCCCUGCGUGCCCCCCCUCGGGCACGCCAUGCCUCCUUGGGAUUCCCGUCAAUCCGACAUCCUGUGCCCUCCCACGUGCCACCACCUACUCACUGCCACCUGAAUUCCACUCCGCUAACGACACGUGUCGCUCCCGCCGUUCACAGGCGGGGGCUCAAGGAGCGCGACACGUUAUUUCGGGAAUGGCGCGUGAGUGCUGGCGGCGUUCCUGCCUUGCGGUCGCUCGAUCCUUCUCCCGUGAUUCGCGCUGCUGAGCUGGCACGUGUGCGUGUAACGGGAGGCUGGAGAACGCACGCGGUGAGGGAGCCGGCAAUUGCGGGGGAGAGAAGAGGAGGGAGCAGCGAAGGCGAGGAGGAGGAGGAGACAGAGCAUGGGGAGUUACGCGGAGAUCCCGAUGGGCUGGCGGCGCGCGGCGAAGGGGAUGGCGCGGGAGGGGGAAAUGGGGAUGCGGAGGAUGGUGGAGAGACGUUGGAGGAUGUGGUGGGGGAUAUGCUGCCACGAUGGUUGCUGGACAGGGCGUGCGAGUUAGGGUUUGAGCGCCCCACGCAGACCCAAAGGCAGGCCCUGCCGGUGCUGCUCAGCGGCCACGACGCCAUCCUUCACGCACAGACGGGGUCAGGCAAGACGGUGGCAUUUCUGCUGCCGCUACUGGCAAGCAUCGACCCCUCACGCAGAGCGCUGCAGGCCAUGGUGCUGCUGCCAACGCGCGAGCUCGCCAUGCAGGUGCGAUGCCAUGCAGGUGCCAUGCCAUGCAGGUGCGAUGCCAUGCAGGUGCGAUGCGCACGUGGCAGUGAGGAUAAGGGUUCCAAAGGCAUCUCAGAAGUUCUCCCUCCCCCUUUCUUUUCGAAUCACCGCCUGCCUCCUAUACCCCCCUUCCUUGUCUACUCUCAGGUGGGGCGGCUGGCGCGCAGGCUGGGGGUGGUGAAAGGGCGAGCGGAGGGGGAGGCGGACGGGGGUGAUGGCGAAGGGGAGGAGGGGGUGGAUGGGGGAAGUGGUGAGGGAGAGAUGGAGGGGAGAGGGGUGGAGGAGCAGCUGGGGCGGAGAGGGAAGAAGGAGCAGAUGGGGAGGCAUAGGGGGGAGAAAAAGGGCGGGGAUUGGAAAGGGGCGAGUGGAAGGCGAGGAGGCAAGGGGGGCCGAGAGAGGGUGGGUGUGAUGGUGGUGGGUGGAGAUGGUGAGUCCAACAAGCCAACGAGGAGACAAAGUAUCUGGCUCAAGGCGGAGCCCCCCCACGUGCUGGUGGGCACGCCGGACGCCAUUCUGGCCCUGCACCGCCGCCACCCACUCGCGUUGCACUCCCUGCGCUUCCUCGUUGUCGAUGAGGUGGAUGCAGUAUCUGUGUCCUCCAAGCUCUCCGGAUCCCAGUCCCUCCACAAGCUCAUCUCGCUCUGCCCGCCGCCCCGCCAGCACUCACUCACACAACAAGCAACGGCCGGUGGUGCCGAGAGGAAGGGGGAUCGGAAGGGCAGUGGAGGGGAGAGACAGACAGUGCUGGCGACGGCUACGGUGCCGCAGGCAAAGAGAUUCAUACGCGAUGUUAUUCACUGCAAGUGGGUCAACGAGGCGGUGGUGUAUCUGCAUGUGCACUCCACCAUGCCAGCAGGCCUCAUCCAUCGAUACGCCACGUGCUCUUCCCCUUCCAAGAAGCUUCCUCUGCUAUUGGCCCUGCUACAGGCCGACCGUCCCACUGCUGCCAUGGUGUUUGUCCGGCAACUGAGUGACAAGGAGCGCGGUGCAGGCAAGGAGAGUCCGUGCCGUGUCGCUGCGUCCUUCCUCUCCUCUCACCUUGCUGCCACUGCCAACCAGCCUUUCACCAACGGCGCUUCUGUUGAAGAUGGCGCCAAGGUGGAGGAGGACGACAAGGAGGUUACCACAUCAGGUCAUGGCACACACGCUGCGAGUGUGCGAGGGCAUGGCAGCAGUGGUGGGGAGCAUCUGGUGUGGUGUUUGGAGGCAGAAGGCAAUGUGCAUGCUCGCACCAACGCCCUAGAGGAGUUCCGGUCGUCGCCAGCUCCUCAUCGCGUCAUGGUAACCACCGACUUUGCAUCGCGGGGCCUUGAUAUCCCUGCCAUCUCGCACGUGUACAGCGUCGACCUGCCUGUGGACACUGUGGUUUACACGCACCGCGCUGGCCGUACAGGAAGGGACCCGUUUGGUGGACAAGGGGGGGUUGUGACAUCACUAGUAGGGAAGUCGGAAGUGUUUGUGGUUGAACAGAUUGCCAAUGAGCUGAACCUUUGCUUUGAUGUGGUACGUGAUUCUUGA